AUCUACCCUGACCUGCCAUCGUCUCCUGCGUGCGUGCAUGUAGCUACUUUGUUUGGCAUGGCACGUACGUACUGUGACAAGCUAUAUAUAAACACGACAGCCAAGAAAGAAAGAAAGAUAGAUCCAGCCUCCAGGUGGUGGCUACGUACCUAUAAAUCUUCGUGCGAUCUCGAUCACCGGCCGGCCUUCUCCGGCUGACUGACGAUGGCCGGCGGCAAUGGAGCAACCACCAGGAGGCAGCUCACCCUGUUCCCGCUCCACGUGACCCUCGUCUUCCAGCUUCUCUGCGCCAAGAGGGCGGCGGCGGCGACGUCCUUCAGCUUCGCCAACCAGUGCGCGCACCCGGUGUGGGUGGGCGCGCUCAGCGGCGCCACCUCGCCGCAGCUGGCCCGCACCGGCUUCUACCUCGCCGCGGGCGCGACCUCCGGGCUCGCCGCCCCGUCCUCCGGCUCCUGGUCCGGCACCUUCUGGGCGCGCACCGGCUGCGCCGUCGACGAGGGCACGGGCCGCCUCGCGUGCGCCACCGCCGACUGCGGCAGCGGCGACGUCGCCUGCGACGGCCGCGGGCCGGCCCCGCCCGUCACGCUCUCGGAGGUCACCCUCGCCGCGCCCGGCUCCGGCGGGCUCGACUUCUACGACGUCAGCCUCGUCGACGGCUUCAACCUGCCCGUCAGCGUCGCGCCCUCCCACGAGGGAUGCCAGGCGGCGGCGUGCGCCGGCGACGUGAACGCGGCGUGCCCGUCGGACCUGCGCGUCCUGUCCGGCGGCGAGGUGGUGGCGUGCAAGAGCGCGUGCAACGCCUACGGCAGCGCGCGCUACUGCUGCAGCGGCGACUACGGCACGCCGGCGGCGUGCGGGCCCACCAGCUACUCGCAGGCGUUCAAGGCCGCCUGCCCGGCGGCAUACAGCUACGCCUACGACGACGCCAGCAGCACCUUCACCUGCUCCGGCGCCGACACCUACCACAUCACCUUCUGUCCUGCCACCUAAUUCGUCAUUCAUCAUCCUCACGAUACAUAAUUAAGUAAUUAAUUAUAAUCACACCGUGGACAUGUAUGCAGUUUAUUUUCUCUUCAGUGAAAAUAAUAUACGGAGUAAAAGAGGGAGCACAAAUCCUUAUGCUUCCUUAUUCAAUACUACUCCCUCUGUUUCUAAAUAUUGUUGUUGGAAAGAAUUAAACAACAAAUAUUAUGAUAGAGAGGGAGUAUGUGUUUUGGUAAUCAGUAGCACAACAUGGAGGAGACCAAAGCAUUUCCUCUCUUAUUCCUCAUUUAUUAUUGACCAGCUUGAUGCAGCCGGCUCCCCGACCGUCCGAU